UUAUCUUUUUAUCUUCUUACAGAUUGCAGCUGUUUCCAGCGUCUGUCAGCUUCUUUAUCAUCUUAAAGUUUCAUUAAUUAAUGCGGUAAAAAUGAACAUUCCAUCAAUCUUCAUCUUUCACUUUGGCGAUUCGAAAAGAACAGGAGAAAUUUUCACUUCCACAUUUGCGUGCUUAAAGGAAACCUACAUAGCUUGAGAACACAAAAUAUGGCCCAAAAUCACUCAAAUGAUGACCUACAUGUUUACGCUAUAAUGCUUGGAGUCUUCAUCAUAAUCACAGCUCUCAGUGUGUGCGAAGCUGGUCGAUUUGGUUGUCCAACACGGCUUCAGAUAAAGCCUUGCCUUUGCCAAGAAAAAUCACGCGGCUUGGACAUCUCUUGUGAAAAUGCGAAAAUUGAACAGCUACGAGAAGCUUUUGCAACUGUUGCUCAGACGAAGCAAGCUGUCUGGUACUUGAAACUACGGAACAAUCGCCUUGGCAACUUACCGUCCCACCUUCUGACAGGCCUAGAUGUUAGGCAUUUUAUAGCUCUACAUUGCAAUCUCUCUUCUGUAGAUGAAUUUGCUUUCAGUGACAUUGCAGAAAAGUUGGAAACCUUGGACUUCACUCAAAAUGGAUUCGAAAAAGUUCCUAGCCAAGCCAUGGAGAAUCUUUCAGCGCUAGUAUCCCUUAAUCUGAAUCAUAAUAAACUUGAAAUUCUACAUGCAGAAGCGUUUAAGGGCCUUCAUUCACUUCUGCGUUUAUCUUUAUACGGCAAUCGUAUCAAAUUCAUUGACAAUUUAGCCUUUGUCGGCAUCGGUAGAAAUCUCACUCGCAUCAACCUGGGAGCCAACCAACUGACAGCUGUCCCAUCAAGGCCAUUAAGAAACCUGUCUGUGCUCCAGAGACUCCAGCUGCACGAAAAUAACAUUGCUGCUCUUCUACCGGAAGAAUUUGCUGCUAUGGAUGGAGAAUCCCUAGAUGUCCUGAAUUUAGCCAACAACAAAGUCCAGCAGCUUCCACCAAGGGCCUUCAUGUCUCUUCACGCUCUAAAUUCCCUAGAUCUGGAGAGUAAUUUGAUAACUUCUAUACAUUCCCAUGCAUUUCAAGGAAUUGAAGAUUCACUGGAGUGGUUGAAACUUGGCGAAAACAAACUAGAUGACAUACCGUCUCAGUCCUUGAAGAAUCUCAGAAGACUCAGACAGCUAGACUUACGAGGAAACAACAUCUCGAAAGUCCGAGAAGAUGAUUUCUUGCCAUAUGGGAAAAAUCUGAAGUUCAUCUACUUGCAAAACAACUGGCUAAUAUCUCUUGAGCCGACAUCACUACUUUCACUGGAUUCUCUUGAAUGGUUAUACCUACAGUCAAACCAAUUGACUACUGCUCCCUAUGAGACAUUUGCGCCAGUCUUAAACACACUUCAAGUUUUCGACAUACAUGACAAUCCCUUUCAUUGUGACUGCAGCAUAUCGUGGUUGAGAGAGUGGAUAAAAGGUAAAGGUGCAAGCAUCAUUAACAUGGCUCAAGACACAAAGUGUGUAACUCCUGAAGUCUUUGAGAGCAUGCCUCUUGCUGAGAUACCUAGCGAUCAACUAAUUUGCAUCUCAGGAGCUGUCACGCUGCAUAACUAUGCCACUAUUUUAUUUCUCAUCGUGACACUUCUAAUAUUUACAUCCGUUUCUUAAUCAAAGGCAGCGAACUGCAAAAGAAACUUCCUCGGAACAAAAACAGAACUCAUGCACACAUUUUUAAGUUCCACUGAUUUCACCUAAACUGCUAAUUUUGCUUCACUUACCUUAAUGUUGCUGUGAGAAAACACCAACGUUUAUCUGUUGAAUGGUAGUAUAAUGUUGGUUAUGAACACACGCCAUUCAUCCUGCUGUGUAUUGAGAAAAGCUUGACCAUCAUUGAAAAAAGCAAACUUAAUUAUGGUCUGCAAAAUUCGGAAAUUAUCCAAAAUGAAAUGCAAGACUCAUACGAAAGAAAAAGGUUGGAAUCAAAGCACAUUUCGUGUACAUAUUAAAUAGAGAUAUCUGCUCCUAAAACUAAUUAUAAUCCUUCAGCAAAAAAAAUUAUAUUUUCUAUUUCAGAUGCAUGAGAAAAUUAUUGCUGAUUUUUAUUUCAUAUGUUAUUUGUCUGAGACUAAUUAGAUCGAUUUAAUUUUAAAAAUCAUGUGAAAAAUUCUUUAGAUACAAGCAACAAUAAUUGAUUAUUAAAUUUUAGAAGGCAUCCUCAGUCAUUUGCCCAAAAUCAAAAGAGAAUUUUAUUAAUAAAAUGUUUGAUCCUUUUUAAAGCACUCUUUGUUAGAACCCCUUUUUCUGCUGUCAUAAAGGAUAUAUAAGAAACGUGGAUAUUUGCAUAACUUCAAUAGGUUGACAAUUGUAAAGUCAUCAUAUUAGCAAUGGAAAACACGUUACUGAUGAAGAUUCAGAUUGCUUCCAAGAAACUGUCUCCAUUUAGCAAUGACUAUGGGAAGACCUUUCGUUUCUCAAAGAAACGGUUCACUUUCAUUCUGCUUCUACAAAAUAUAAUGAAAUACUUAGAACAUACAGGCUAACUCUGAGUGAUAACAAGUAAAAUUACAUAUCUUCAUGAAAACAGCAUAAAGGAGACACUUACACGUAUUCAAAUGUUAAAUGAUUAUACGAGAGUUUACCAUCACAUUUUAUACAAACAUAUCUGUGGUAAAACAUUUAAUGUUUUUUACUCCUUAUCAAAGGAGAAAAUAUAUUUCCAAGUAUAUCAAAGCUUCUGAGAAAAAAUAAAUUAUAUACAAAUUAAGUGUAAAGGAAUAUCGACGACUGAAUAAAAGAAAAUUAAAUCAGUGUGGUUUUAAGAAGGGUAUUUUCAUAACGGACCUCCGAAACCUCAUAUCAGUGUUGUGAUUACAGGCUAUUAUAUAAUAUUGUAUGUUAAAGCAGCCAACCUUUCUGACAACUGUGUUAUAUAUUACUUUGUAAUUGUUGAAUUUGAAUAUGAAAAACUCUACUGGAAUUUCUUAUUAUCCGUGUUCAGAUUUAAUGUCGAUAUGUUUUCUGGCGAAACACAAUUUGUUCCUGUUGUUUCCUUAUCAUCGUCAAGGGAAAAAAGCAAAGGAAGAGGAAUGCAGCCAUUUUACUUCCUGUUGUUUUCAUAUUAUCCUCAAUGCAGAAAAGCGAAGUUAAUUAUUUUUUGUGGUCUGCACGCACAAAUUGUUACUAAAAUACGAAGCUUUCUAUUUUUUGUUCGAAAAUAUGUUUCAAAUUUGCUGCCAAUAACUCUUUUAAUUUUUUUUUAUAUUCGCAAUUUAAGUAAUUUCUCAGCAUUUUGUGAUAUAUUUGCGUACAUAAGUAAAGUUAUUCACAGAAGUAAGUAAUAUUGAUAAAAUAACUCUGAGAAACUUUAUUCUGUAACUACUUUAAUUAUUUCAUUCUGAUUUGCUACUUAGUGAAAUUAUAACAAUAUUUAUGCUGUAAAAUAUUAGAUUUGUAUUUAACAAUUAAAGCAAAGUAAUGAUUUAUACAAUUACAAUACGAAAUGAUUACAUCUUCACAUUGUUUGAAUAAACUAAGAAAAUAACACAGAAAACUGUUUAAGGGUGCAGGCUCUGAGAAGGAGAAUUAAAACCAUGGACCCCUCUUCUUACCAAAAUUGUUUGGAUAUUUUUAUUAGUUUGUUAUUCAUUGUUGUUAAAUACAUUGCAGAUAAUAACGUGCUGCUCAUAAGAUGGAUUUCUUCUGUUGCCGUCUUAUAACAAUAACGAGUCUAAAUUUUAUGAAUUCUAAUUAGAAGAUUGAUUGCUUUCAGUAUCUUAUGGAUGAAUAGGUAGCUCCAGUAUAUCUGGUAGGAUGAUAAACGAAUUAGAGCAACUGUAGUAUAUUUCAUUUUAUAAACAUUUUUAUGUUCGUUAUAUGCUGUUGAAAAAAUGUUAGGCUAUUUUUUUUUUUUCAUUUUAUUCUAUUAUUUCAUUUAUUUUCAUUUAAAGCGCACAUCACCACUCUAAACUGAUGCAUGGGAUAAGGAAAUUUUGCUAUCCAAGUAUUUUGCUGUACCAAAGUAUUUCAUUUCGCAACUAGUUUAUCACCACAGAUUACAGAAACAAAUAAAAAAACAACCAAAAGUUCUUUAAAAAAAAUAUAAAAUUAUUCUAUAUAAUUACUUCAAAGAUGAAUUUAAAAAUAUAUUUUAUUAAACAUAAUGAUGUUACAAGUAUGCAUAAAAUUGUUAGUCAGUAUUGGAAAUUAAAUGUAAUCGAAAUUAAACAAAAUAAGUAUAUAAGUAAAAAAUAAAAUAAAGAUUUAUACUAUGAAGAAUUAUUGCCUUCCCCGUGCGUGCUGGCACGUCGUAACUACUCACACUUCCGGCUAGCAACUGGAAAUCCGUAGUUCAACUCCCGGCAAGGCCAUUUCUGAAUUUUAACAUCUCAUGCUGCUAGUAUUCUAAUAGCUCUACAGUUUUACUAAGAAAUGAUUUUAUGGCUUUCUAAUAGCACAGUUUAUUAAGUAAUUACAGAUUUAUUAACAAUAAAAAAUAUUUAAUGAUAUUAUAUACUGUCUAAUGGAAACGUUUGGAGAACUAGCUGUUUGCGAGGCAGAACAGAAGAUUGAGUAUCUUUCAUUUACACAUUAACAACUUUUGGCAAACAGGAAUAUAAGUGUAGGUAGCUUAACAUAACGCAACAUGCUGUUCCAAAUAGGCAAACAUUUGCAAAUUGAUGUAUUCGUCCAUUAUGGUACACCACAUAGGACGACUGAAUUACAUCUGUGAGAAAAGUACAGCUCGAUCCCAAUUUUGAUGGAACAAACCGAGAGACGAAUCAGAGGACCUCCCAUUCCUCUUUCUUUUGCUAAAACUAUCGAUAAUAUUAAUUCGUAUCGUAAAAACACUAAACUAGAGAGAAGGUAAAUACCGUCCAAGACGUUUUAAAGACAAGAUAUGAUUUUAAAAAUGGCGCUGUAUAUUCUGCAACAGAAGUCAAAUCAAUUUCGUAUCGUAGACGUCACAAAAGAACUGCAUUAUUAGCGUAUGCAAACAACACUAAUAGCCCCGUUUACUAUUGCAGAGUUCCACAAAGACAACAGAAAAUAUCUGCUGAACUAAGCGAAAAUAAAGGCGAAUUAAACCUUAAAAUAAACGUAACUAGAAUGAAAUACUAAUCAAAAUUUAUAACUGAAGCAUUGUUUCUUUAAGAACCUUUUUUACAAAUAUAUUAUUAUUUUCGUAAUGAAGUUUUACUUUUAAAAAAUGAUGGUGUAUUUAAUUAUGGCAAAGCACACUA